GACCGCGGCGCUAAGACCCGGCAGCGCGGUGGUCAAAGGUUCCCAGCAGGAGGUUCCCAGCAGGACACUAGAGGGCGAUCCCUGGUCCUGCUGCGGGCGUGUAUAUAUACGGCACGCAGGACCGCGACAACCCACUAGCAACAGGGCAGGCGGGCAGGCAAGCCAGCAAGGCUCUGGCGGGCUGGGGCGGGAAACGGGCUCCAGGCACGCCGUACCGAGCAGCGCCGGGCUGGGCAAGAGCGGUGCCGUUCGCCGCACGAACGCACCGUGCAGCGCGGUGCCUUUCGCCGCUGGGGUGCCGCGGGGUUGGUAGAACCGCCGCCGUUGCCGCCGCUGCCGCCGCCCCGUCCGAAACCUGGAUUGCAGGAGCCCUUCACCAUGCCCAGCAGAUUGUAGGUGCUUCAUGGAGCAAGCCAACUUCUACGAGGUCGAUUCCCGGCCCCCGAUGAGCAGCGGCCAGCACCACCAGCUCCAGACUCCCCUGCCCGGCAGCGCCUACAGCUACAGAGAGGCUCCCUCGGCGGCGGCACCUGCUGCGGGCGGAGCGGAGCUCGGAGACAUCUGCGAGAACGAGAACUCCAUCGACAUCAGCGCCUACAUCGACCCCGCCGCCUUCAACGACGAGUUCCUUGCCGACCUCUUCCAGCACAGCAAGCAGCAGGAGAAAGCCAAGGCCAUCCUGGCCGGGGAUUUCGACUUCCACAGCAUGCAUGGGGCCGGCGCCGCCUCCUCGGCGCCGGGGCACCAGCAGCAGCACCACCAGCAGCCUCUCUUCGGCUGCGUGGCCGGCUACAUGGACGGCAAGCUCGACCCCCUGUACGAGCGCAUCGCCGCGCCCGGCUUGCGGCCGCUGGUGAUUAAGCAGGAGCCCCGCGAGGAAGAGGAGGUCAAGUCGUCGGCCCUGUCGGCCCUGUACCCCCACCACGCUCCGCAGCAGCACCCGUCCCACCUGCAGUACCAGAUAGCUCACUGCGCUCAGACCACCAUGCACCUCCAGCCCGGGCACCCCACGCCGCCCCCCACGCCCGUGCCGAGCCCGCACCACCCGCACCACCCGCACCCCCCCGGCGGCCUGCCUGCCGCCGGCGCCCUCAAGAUGAUGCCCGCGGACCACCGGAGCAAAUCGAAAAAGACAGUGGACAAGAACAGCAACGAGUACCGGGUGCGCCGGGAGCGCAACAACAUCGCGGUGCGCAAGAGCCGCGACAAGGCCAAGCAGCGCAACGUGGAGACGCAGCAGAAGGUGCUGGAGCUCACCACCGACAACGAGCGGCUGCGCAAGCGGGUGGAGCAGCUCACCCGGGAGCUGGAGACUCUGCGGGGCAUCUUCAGGCAGCUGCCCGAGAGCUCGCUGGUGAAGGCCAUGGGCAGCUGCGCCUAGCGCCGGGACCCUCGCUGCCCUCAGUCACCUAUAGAUACUAUACAUAGCAGAGCGCAGCGAUCUCAGAUUAUUUUCUUGAGGGGAGGGGGGGGAGGGCUGAUUUUGUUUUGUUUUGGGUUUGUUUUGUUUGGUGUUUGGGUUUUUUUUUAACAAUUAACAGCUAAUACGAGAAGCCAGGCAGCUGUAGUAUUAAAAGGUUUGUGCCUUAAAGGAUGACACAUGAAUAAGCUGAAAACAUGGUGGGUUUUCUAAGGAGAAUGAGGAGGGGAAGGAAAGAAUUAAGAAGCCCACGUGUCUACAGGGUAAAUCAUAAUAGUAGUAAUAAAGCACGCAUAGGAAUCCAGAUGUGCCUUAAAAGCUAGCUGCAGGAGCUUUGGGGCUUUCUAUUCCCCACCGGCCUGGCGGCGUGCGAGGAAAAAGGGUGAGGGACAUGCAGGCUUGAGGAACAGGGCACCUGGGGAUGCUUGUGGGGUGCCCUGAGCUAGCCUGCAGUGCAGCAGGCAGGGGUGGCUGUGGGGAGGCCAGCGAGAAGAGGGCUGAGAGACCUUCAGCGCUGCAUGCCCGUUUGGAGCACUGAGGUGUGGGGCAGCUGCAGGAGCACUGUCAGGACUGCCCCAGCCUGGCCGGGCUGCUUCAACUGAGCCCUGUCCCCUGCCUUGGCUGGAAGUGGGACAGGGGCCACCACCGCUGCAGGACUGAUGGAUGGCCUGGGACUGAUGCAGCAGCAGCCUGCUGGGCUCCUGCCAUCGAAAGGAAGAGCAGGAGUGUCUUGUACUGUAUGUCACGACGUGGCGAAGCACAAAGAAUAAAUACCUAUUGAUGCGGGUAUUUACUAUG